CUUAUUCUUUUCUUUUAAGUGAACCAUAAUGGAUUAAAUAGUGAUUAUUUGUGUAUAUUCCCUGUUAGGCUGUCAUUAAAAAAAAAAAAAAAAACAAUAAAUUGUGAGAAAAGAAUUAAUAAGAUAAUAGAAUGCAUAAAAGGUGAGAGAAGAGAAAAGCGUAGAUGCACUGAACUUCAUAUGUGCAUUUGGGUUUUCACUGUGUAAUGCGACGACGAAAAGAAAGGGAGAAAAAAGGAAGAAAGAGAUAGAAUAAAACAUUGGCUGAGCAAGAGGAAGGGGCUAAAAAAGAUGGCCGUCCUGAAACAUAUGACAAAGAACGGCGGGCAACCGCCGCAGCUGAAAAGAAUUUUCUCGGAAUGUGUAUUACGGUAUCGUUGAUCCUCGUCCUCGCAUAGAGGUGUGGUGAUUUUUCGAGUAAAGGGAUCGUGGCUACAAAAGUCAGUGAUCCUGUUAGCAAAGGAGCCAUGACUACGUGUAAAGAAUGGGCUCGAUCGCAUCGGUGUUGCAGUGGCAUUGCUCGGAGUGCGCUCUGAUAAAUCCAACGGAGAGCACGCGAUGCGCCAGGUGCGGCCUUACUCGGCUUAAGAGUGAUGAAAAGGCAAACGUCAGGCUCAACCUGAGCUUGGAGCACAAAGUUCCAGGACGAAAAGAGGAGGGAAAGCAAAGAGACGACGAGGAAGGUGACACUUUCUCAGUCUCCGUUCCGCCGAUACUUCCGCCAAAACUUCGUUUGGAGAAGCCAGCAGCGGACGAUACGCGUCCAACAGCUUAUGAAUACGUCAAAACCGAUCUCAUACAUCGCUCAGAGGGAAAUUUAAUUCUACCCAAUAAUCAUAUAAAGAAAUCACAUCAUGAUUCCUGGAAUGGAAAAUCGUAUAAAAAAGAGCCAGUUAAACGAUGUUCUUCUCUACCUUCCUUAGUAACACAAUGGACUUGUGUUCGUUGUUUGUUAGACAACAGUUGCAGUUCUGGUAUAAUUUGCAUAGCUUGUGAUGCAAAUUCUUCUACAGCUGAAACUGAUAAAAGACAGAUUGGAGCACGUAAGAGCAAAAAAUUAAAUUUACGUAAAACAAAUCGUCUCAAAGCUGCAUCUGAACUUCUGGCAAACAUUUUGGAUGGUUUUAAUGCAACAAGUUCUUCUACAAAUGAUGCAAGAAUUAUUAAUAAGGAUAUGGCACAACUAACGAGUAUAAGUCGCAGUGAAAGGAGACAAGAUAGAGAAGACUGGACCUUACCACCAAUAGAAACUAUGGAGUCUACUACACUUUCCUAUACAAAUACCACUGAUACCUCUCAACGUUCACCAAAAAGACAUAGUCCUUCAAUUUAUGAACGAGUCAAAUCUAAAGUUAGUCGCUCUUUAUCUAAUGGAUCUGUUGUACAUAAGUUAUCUGAACAUGCAAUUCAAAGACCAACAAGUUUAGUAGUCUCAGAAUCGCAACAAGAUGAUGCUCUCUGGAGUUGCGAUAAUUGUACUCUUGAUAAUGCUCCUGGCCUAGAACAGUGUGAGGCAUGUGAAGCUCCUAGAAGUCCAGCUCCUUGCAGUGGAGUAGUUAUCAGUGUACCUGCUUGGGAACCUCGAGCUCUGUCUUCUGCAGGUCCACUGUCUUAUAGAAGAUCUUUUUCUGAUGUUGAAUCUGUUACAAGUGUAUCUCAGAAAAAAAUUGUUAAUCGUAGAAGUCUUAAUGAAGAUGAACCACCUGCAGUACCACCACAUUCUGUUGGUUUUAGUACAAGACCAAAGUAUUCUUACAUUGGUAUUACUGAUCCUGAUAUACCACCACCAUUGCCAAAAAAGCAAAAUAAUAAAUUAGGUCUUGUACCCACAAAAGCACAUAGUGAAGCAACUAGUCCUAUUGGAGAUGUACCAAAUGUAAGUUCAUUAAAACGUAUGUGGACUUGUCGAAAAUGUUCUUACGCGUAUAAUCCUUUGUGGUCAACUGGCUGCGAUAUAUGUAGAUCUUCGCGAUCACCGCCUUCGUUAAUGCAACCUAGUUUAAUAACUGUUACAAAAGAUGAAACAAGUUGUUCAUUGCAUACACAAUCUCCAAUUGUAGUGUCAAGAGAUAGUGUAAGAUACAUUCCACAAAAAACUGCUACAUUGGCUACAGCAGAAUCCGAUUUAGAUGAUCAAGUUGAUCCACCUUCCCCUGUGUGGACUUGUAAAAAAUGUACAUUAUUAAAUGCUGCUUCAAGAACAACGUGUGAGGCAUGUGGUGGUUCAAAGCUUAAAAGUAUUAUGCAUUUAGAAGAUGCCACAUUACGAAAAGGAGAAAGCUGGGUGUGUCCAUCAUGUACAUUAAGGAAUCCGCUAUCAGCACAAACUUGUAAUGCUUGUAAGACAUUAGCAGAUUUUCUAGAUGUACCAAAAGAUAGCAGAUUUUUUGGAUCAAGAAGUCCAAGUCCAAGACUUUGUUCGACUCCUAUAAAUUCAAAAGUUGUUACUCCAAGACACAGAAAUUCUGUAAGAAGGAAUGGCUCUUCAAUUGGAGAUAAAAGACAUUCAAGAAUUAAAGAUUCCACUCAUGGUCAAUGGCAGUGUAAAUUGUGCACGUAUGAAAAUAAGAGUACAAAUGGAAUCUGUGAAAUGUGCCAAAUUUCAAAAAAUUUAUCUCAACUACCAGGUGAAGGGCCUAGAAUUAUUGAAUCUGGCAUAAAUACACUUACAAUACAACGGCAAGAAAGUGUAGUUAUGGAAAAUUUAAGACAAAUCGAGGAAAGAGAAGCAUUGGAGAAAUGGGAGCGUAUUGUUCGCUAUUGCAAAGAGACAAAUGAACCUUUUGUCGAUGACUCAUUUCCACCAGCUCCAAAAUCUCUAUAUUAUAAUCCAGCUGAAACUAAAGACAACCAUGUUGUUCAAUGGAGAAGGCCUCAUCAAAUUAAUGUUGAUUCUACAGUUGAUUCCAAACUGCCUUGGGCUGUUUUUAGAAAACCCCUACCUUCUGAUAUCUCACAAGGUGUAUUAGGAAACUGUUGGUUACUUUCAGCUUUAGCUGUUUUAGCUGAAAGUGAUGAGCUUGUAAAGAGAGUUUUAGUAAUGAGAGAAACCUGCCCAGAAGGAGCUUAUCAAGUAAGAUUAUGUAAAGAUGGAAAAUGGACCACAGUACUUGUUGAUGACUUGUUACCCUGUGAUAAAAGAGGCCAUCUAGUAUAUUCUCAGGCAAAAAGAAAACAACUUUGGGUGCCAUUAAUUGAAAAAGCAGUAGCUAAAAUUCAUGGUUGCUAUGAAGCUUUAGUAUCUGGACGUGCAAUAGAAGGUCUAGCAACACUUACAGGUGCCCCUUGUGAGAGUGUGCCUUUACAACCAUCUGCUUUGCCAAGUGAAGAUGAACUUGAUAAGGAUUUAAUAUGGGCGCAACUAUUAUCUUCAAGGCAAGCUAUGUUCUUAAUGGGUGCUAGUUGUGGUGGUGGUAAUAUGAAAGUUGAUGAAGAAGAAUAUCAACGUAAGGGUUUGAGACCAAGGUAACAGAAAUUCAACAAAUGUUAAAUUAAAGAUAAAUACUUUAAAUUACCUGGUGGAAUACGAUUAUUGAGAUUACGUAAUCCAUGGGGUCACUAUAGUUGGAAGGGUGAUUGGUCUGAUGACAGCCCUAUCUGGACACCACAAUUACGAGAAAUGCUUAUGCCACAUGGUGCUUCUGAUGGUGUUUUCUGGAUUUCUUUUGAUGAUGUAUUGAAAUAUUUUGAUUGUAUUGAUAUUUGUAAAACUAGAGUUGGAUGGAGUGAAGUUAGAUUACGUGGAACACUUCCACCUUUAUCAUCUCUCAGACAUUUAUCAUGUGUACUUUUAACGGUAUUAGAACCUACUGAAACAGAAUUUACAUUAUUUCAAGAAGGGCAAAGGAAUUCCGAAAAAUCACAACGUUCUCAAUUGGACUUGUGUGUUGUUGUUUUUCGUACACGUUCACCAGCAGCACCAGAAGUGGGAAGAUUAGUAGAACAUAGUAAACGACAAGUGCGUGGAUUUGUUGGAUGUCACAAAAUGCUAGAAAGGGAUUUAUAUAUUGUUGUAUGUUUGGCCUUUAAUCAUUGGCAUACAGGCAUGGAAGAUACUUCCAGUUACCCUGAAUAUGUUCUUGCCAUACAUAGUUCAAAGAGACUUUUAGUUGAACAAAUUUCUCCACCAGCAUUUGUCUUAGCUGAUGCUAUAAUAAGUUUAACUUUAGCAAAAGGACAGCGACAUGAAGGAAGAGAGGGAAUGACUGCUUACUACUUAACUAAAGGUUGGGCUGGACUUGUAGUAAUGGUAGAAAAUCGUCAUGUAAAUAAGUGGAUUCAUGUAAAAUGUGACUGCCAUGAAAGCUAUAAUGUUGUGUCCACAAGAGGACAACUCAGAACUGCCGAUAGUGUUCCCCCGCUUCACAGACAAGUCAUCAUAGUUUUAACACAAUUGGAAGGUAGUGGAGGUUUCUCGAUAGCACAUCGACUUACGCACAGACUAGCUAACAGUGGAAACUUGCAUGAUUGGGGUCCGCCAGAUACUCAACAUUGUCCUCAAAUUGAUACUCAAGUCGAAGGUUUACAUAGUCCUCGUUUAAUCACGUGA